AAUAUGAUACAAGCCCCAAACAGAAACUGCUCUAAAUAACACAAGAUGUCCACGCCACUGGAACAGCAAACCGAUGAACGUGAGGCGUUGCAGUCGAUCUACGAGGGCGACACGAACUUUAAGGAAAUAGACAGCGUCACAUUUCAAUACAAAUACGGCGAAGAGGACAACUACAAGUCUUUUCUGGUGGAGCUAAAAUGGGGCGAAAACUAUCCAGACGAGGCGCCAACGAUCAAUAUGAAUACAUUUUACAAUAGGAAUCUACUGCCCGCUGUCAAGGAAGAGAUCCAAACCGCCCUCAAUACGGAAGCCACUCAAUGGUUGGGCUGCGGCAUGACCUACACCCUUUUUGAAUGCCUUAAGGACAACCUGGAGCAACUGACAGCUGGCCAGCCCGAAUCCGCACCCGCCGUGGUAGCCGUAGACGAUGGCGUUGGUGCUCUGAAGAUCUCCGAUCCCGAUGGAGAUGCCAAGAAGAAGGAACCCAAGAAGGAACAGCUGACCAAGGCACAAAAGCGCCGGCAGUGGGAGCGAACGGAUCACAAAGGAGAUCGCGAACGUGGCUGGGAUUGGGUGGAUCUCGUCAAGCAUUUAUCGCAGACAGGUGGAAAGCACGAUGAUGCCCCAACUGCCGCCGAAAUCGCUGCGUCAAACGCUCCAGCUCUGCAUCCCCUGAACAACUAA